AUGGACUCCAAUAGUGUAUGGGAUGAGGCAUUGCCGCAUUCAUACUCACUCAUUGCAGAGGAAGGGUGGUUCAACAAGCAUUGGGUCUACUCCCAGCUGUCACGGUCACUGUCAACAAAAUAUCUCGCUCCUAGGUUGGAGGUUCAAAUUGUUCUAGACUGGGAAAUAUUGCAGUUGCAACCUAUUAACUCACAUGCGCCAGCCAAUGUGAGUUGGCAUCACCAGUAUGCCGUGUGUCCCAGCAUCUGUAGGAGCAAGAAUAGCCUCUGCAAACCAAGGAUCAGAGGUUAUUCAUGCCAUUGUAGUGACGGUUACGACGGCAACCCUUACACCACGGAUGGAUGCAAAGGCAGUCGCCCCAAACAGUUUAAAGGUACGAGCGCCGUUGUAGGAGCUGUUGUUGCUGCAGCUGGAGUCGUACUUCUGUUUCUGCUUGGGUUGUUGAUUCUGAAGAAACUAAAAUACGAGAGGGCUAAAAUGUUAAAGCGCAAGUUCUUCCAACAAAAUCACGGACAAUUAUUGCAACAGCUUGUAUCCCAAAGUGGUGGUAUUGCAAAAAGGAUGAUCAUAACCUUGGAAGAGCUAGAGAAGGAAACACAUUGUUUUGAUAAUGAUCUCGUCGUUGGAGGUGGGGGACAUGGUAUUGUUUACAAAGGGAUUUUAUCGAACCAACAUAUUGUAGCCAUCAAAAAACCCAAAAACAUGGUGCGGAUGGAGAUCAAUGAGUUUAUCAAUGAGGUAGCUAUCCUAUCACAAAUCAACCAUAGAAAUGUUGUUAAACUAUAUGGUUGUUGCCUUGAAACUGAAGUCCCAAUGUUGGUCUAUGAGUUCAUAUCUAAUGGAACCCUUUACGAGCAUCUUCAUGUAGAAGGACCAAAAUCAUUGUCUUGGGAUAACAGGUUGCGGAUAGCCAUUGAGGCAGCAAAAUCCCUAGCAUAUCUUCACUCGGCUGCUUCAACCCCUAUAAUCGAUAGGGAUGUCAAGAGUGCUAACAUAUUGUUGGAUGAUACUCUGACAGCAAAGGUAGCAGAUUUUGGAGCUUCAAAGUACAUUCUGAUGGAUAUAUCUGGGGUUACCACAAGGGCGCAAGGUACGAGAGGAUAUUGGGAUCCUAUGUACUUUUACACAGGCCGAUUAACUGAGAAAAGUGAUGUUUACAGCUUUGGAGUUGUCCUUGUGGAACUGCUAACCAAAAAGAAACCAUUUUCAUAUUUGUCCUCAAAUGACGAGAGCCUUGUUGCACAUUUUGUUACCUUGUUUGAAGGAGCGGCACUAUUCCAGAUCUUAGAUCCGCAAGUUAUGGAGGAAGGUGGCAAAGAGGUCGAAAAAGUUGCUAGUAUUGCGGUUGCAUGUGUAAAGUUAACUAGAGAGGAUCGUCCGACCAUGAGGCAAGUGGAGUUAACACUAGAAGGCACACGUGUGUCUAGGGAGGGCACUUCAGAUAAUGCAUCUCCAUCCACAGGAAAGUUGAAAGCAACACUGGGGGAUCGACCAGACGACACAGCAUGGAACUUGAGUUCAGAUUAUCUGCAGAGCACCCUCGAUAGUUUUUCAUAUUUGAAGAUGAGUUGA